GAGGCGGCAGCGCUCGCCAUUGCCGCUGGUGGCAGGAGGCUGCGAGGAGCCGGCGCGGUCGCAGUCUCCACGGCGCAGGCCCACGGUAGCGCAGCCGCUCUGAGUAAAUCUUCAUGGAGGAACACGGAGUGACCCAAACUGAACACAUGGCUACCAUAGAAGCCCAUGCAGUUGCCCAGCAAGUGCAGCAGGUCCAUGUGGCCACCUACACUGAGCACAGUAUGCUGAGUGCUGAUGAGGACUCUCCCUCCUCUCCAGAGGACACUUCUUACGAUGAUUCAGACAUCCUCAACUCCACGGCAGCUGAUGAGGUCACAGCUCAUCUGGCUGCUGCAGGUCCUGUGGGAAUGGCAGCGGCGGCUGCUGUAGCAACAGGAAAGAAGCGGAAACGGCCUCAUGUGUUUGAGUCUAAUCCAUCUAUCCGGAAGAGACAGCAAACACGUUUGCUUCGGAAACUUCGAGCCACAUUGGAUGAAUAUACUACUCGAGUGGGACAACAAGCUAUUGUCCUCUGUAUCUCACCCUCCAAACCCAACCCUGUCUUUAAAGUGUUUGGUGCAGCACCUUUGGAGAAUGUGGUGCGCAAGUACAAGAGCAUGAUCCUGGAAGACCUGGAGUCGGCCCUGGCAGAACACGCCCCUGCACCACAGGAGGUUAACUCAGAGCUGCCCCCUCUCACCAUCGACGGAAUUCCAGUCUCUGUGGACAAAAUGACCCAGGCCCAGCUUCGGGCAUUUAUUCCAGAGAUGCUCAAGUACUCCACAGGUCGGGGAAAACCAGGCUGGGGCAAAGAAAGCUGCAAGCCCAUCUGGUGGCCUGAAGAUAUCCCAUGGGCAAAUGUCCGGAGCGACGUCCGCACAGAAGAGCAAAAGCAGAGGGUUUCAUGGACCCAAGCACUACGGACCAUAGUUAAAAACUGUUAUAAACAGCAUGGGCGGGAGGACCUUUUGUAUGCUUUUGAAGAUCAGCAAACACAAACACAGGCCACAACCACACACAGUAUAGCCCAUCUUGUACCAUCACAGACCGUAGUCCAGACCUUUAGUAACCCUGACGGCACUGUCUCACUCAUCCAGGUUGGUACAGGGGCAACAGUAGCCACAUUGGCUGAUGCUUCAGAAUUGCCAACCACAGUCACUGUUGCCCAAGUGAAUUAUUCUGCUGUGGCCGAUGGAGAGGGCUUGGGGCCCUUUCUCUGGGACAUGGUGACAUCCGGCAUAGAUAACCACACAGUGGCUCCCAACAGAUGGAAAGGGAGAGCAACAAGAGCUCAAGCAAAUACAACUAAAGCACUGAGGCUGAAGAAUAGGAAAUUCCAAAGAAAUGUUAACACCCAAGUGGAACAAAAUUGGGCCACGUUACAAGGAGGUGAGAUGACCAUCCAGACGACGCAAGCAUCAGAGGCCACCCAGGCCGUGGCGUCGUUGGCAGAGGCCGCAGUGGCAGCUUCUCAGGAGAUGCAACAGGGAGCCACAGUCACCAUGGCGCUCAACAGCGAAGCCGCCGCCCAUGCUGUCGCCACACUGGCCGAGGCCACCUUGCAAGGAGGGGGACAGAUCGUCCUGUCCGGGGAAACCGCAGCAGCUGUCGGAGCACUUACUGGAGUCCAAGAUGCUAAUGGGCAGGGGAAGUGGGGAGUGUUCAUUAUCACAGAGAUGGACCAGGAGUGGGAAGCCCGUGCUCUUAAUACUGCCCCAGUGAAUUGAAUGAGACACUAAUUGUUGCUGGAGGAGACACUGUCCCUGUAGUCGGGCUUAUUUUCUUAAGACCAAACCAGGUGCGUCUUUCUAGAUUAAGAAAUUGUGCCUGUCCGUCCUGUGUGUGGAGAGUUCUCUAGAGGUUCAGUUCGUGCACUUUGAAAUUUUAAUUUCCCUCUUUUCCCCCAACGUCUUCAAUUUCAUUUUUUGUACGAAGGUGAGGGUGAGGCACACCCCACUUACAG